GUAAGCCAUACCAUUGCCAAGGUUACAAACAACAACCAGAAAACCAGCAAAAUCAGUUCUCUCGACACAUUUUGAUCAAUUUGAUCAUCAAUGACUCCUCUUCGUCGAAUACUUUUCAGACUAUAAGGAAGGCGUUGGUCCAAAUCUGCGGGCAAAAGGCACGCCUUUUUGGUUUCUAUUAAAGGCGUGAUUAGAAAUGGCCAAUUAUUAGGAUUUGGGGAGGAAAAAAGAAGAGAAUAAUAAAAAUGAAAAGGAGAGAUAAAAAGACCAGAGAUGCUUGCUUCUAAGCUGAUCUUAAACUGAAUCCCAUGUGGGUUAGAUUCUGUGGAGUCCAUCUCUAAUCUCAAGGUAACUCUUUCUCUCUCUCACUCACACGAGCUAUGAACAACUGUUGCAUGAGUUCAACAGUCUCACUUAGGUACAGAGCGCCAGUUUCAUUUUCCUUCAAUGACUAUUCUGCUUGCUUUAAUGAUGGAUUUGAUGGGAACCCAUUAUUGUAUGCAUCACCAUGUUGUUCAUGUUGUUGUUCGAAUUCACUGUAUUGUAGAGCGCCCAUUGCAAGUCCUAGCUGUAUAUUUGGGUUAAGGCAAUCUAAUUUGAUUCAAUGGUCAACUCGUAAAAGACUGGUCUUGAAUGGUUUGGACCGGUGUAGUUACGGUAGAUACCCUGUUUGUGAUGUUGAUUCGAGGCCUUUCUGUGAAAAAGAUCACAUUUUUAAUGAGGGGAGAGUUGGUGGGAAGGGUAGGAAGAUGGGGAAAGGGAGGUUUAGGAGAAUGGUUUAUGGGGAAAAGAUUGAAUGGGAUGGUAGUGAUGGUAGGGUUAAUGAGGUUGAGGUUAUGCUUAGUUUGCUGACUGGGGAUGUUGAUGAUGAGUGCGAUAAUGUAGGAGAGGAGGGGGGGAAAUCAUAUAGGAAGAUAGAAGUGUUGAAGAGAGGUAGUAAAGGGGAUAAUGUUGUUAGGAGGCGAAAGAAAAAUGUUGAUUCGGGUGUUUUGGACAGUCGAUCCGAAUUUCAGUAUGAAUCUGAGAUGAUUGGGUCAGAGGAUGGUGAAAUGAGGAGGAAAGAGAAGAAUAGGAGAGAAAAGGAGACAGGAGUUCUGUUGGGAAGGGAGAAUGUGAAGGUAAGGAGGGAGGAGGACCGGGCAAAUUCUAGACAAGAAGUUCUUAAAGGAGAGGUGAGGGAGGAAGAGAGAAUGAAUCACUUGAGAGGGAAUCGAAGAGAAAGGUCGAGGAUUGAAGAGAGGGAGAAUUUGUCCAGGAUACAAGAUCAUAGACAAAGGGUGAGGAAAGAUGGAUCGAGCUGCUCUUCUUAUUACUCAGUUACUUCAGAUGACUUUGAGAUUGAUAAUGAGAUGCAACAUGAGGAGGAGGAAUUCGAGGAAGGAAUAUCUGGUAGUUACAAAAGAGACUCAAAAAAUGGUGAAGCUAUUGUGUCCCAUGAAGGCAAGGAAGAGUUUCACGGGCAUGGAAACUAUUCUGGGGAACAUGGAUUUGCCUUUAGGAAAGAAAAUGCUCAAACAGGGUUUUCAGGAGCAUCAUCUUCAGUUGAAUAUGACUGGAGAAAAAAAUCAGAGAAAAAGCUAAGUGAUUCAUCUUUUCAGGGAACCAAAUCCAGUGAGGAAAUAGUUCAACAGCAUUCAAGUCACGGACAGGUCGAUUCCAGAAAAACUUUUGGAUCUUACUCACACUUUGAUGAUAAGAAGAAGCAAUUGACUUCAACAGUUGCUUUUGAUGAAGAAAUCGGACAACGGAAUGAUGUAAAGAUUGGGAGUGAGACAAGGAUGAAGUCCAAGGAAUCUCGGGGGAGACUUGAGACCCAUGAUACUGAUGUUAAAACGUAUUCUACGACCGGUAAGCGCUACACUGAUAGGGAUGAGGGUUACUACAAGUCUCAGAGUUCUGUGCGGAACGAGAGUGCCUAUCAUAAUGCAUCUGGCCAGAUCAACAAAGAAGAAACUUAUAGGAAGAGUUCUGGGGCAUCAGCUAAAACAUCAAAAUUACAAGAAGUUGACAUUAGAGGAACAUCCACAGCUGUGAGGCAAUCUGGAAUCAAGAUAAUGAGCCAGGAAGAUCAUGUGAAGACAACUGCGAGUAGUUCACGCAACAGUGAAGAGCAGCGAUAUCAAUCUAGUGAGGUCAGUGAACAAUUGGACUUGAGUAAAAAGUAUCAGAAUGUGUCUGAAGAGAUUGAUUCUGAAAGAACUUCUCUUUUAAGGAGGGAAAAUGAUGUUAGAAUGAAGAGACAAGAAAUCGGUUCUAAUUCCAGUUACAAUUCACAUCAAAAAUUGAGAGAUCAGCGCUCAGAAAGGACUGGAAAACAAAUCACCGCCCAGCAAUCCCAUACUGCAUCACAGGAAACCAUUGAUUUAUCAAUCACUCCUUUUAGUAAAACUGAAGCAUCUGUUUUGGAAGAUGAUGGAAAAAAUACAGGUGAUGAAGAAACUCUUUCUCAAAUGGCCGGAAGAGGUUCGACUCGUAGUGGAUCAGCAAGUGUAUCAGCUACGGAAGAAGCCGCUGGUGAAAAGUUUCAUGGUUCAUUUAGUGGAUCGCAAAAGCACACGCUUGAUAGGUCUCAAGGAUUCCAUUACCAAGGCUCACAUGAAUCUAUAAUAGAUGACCAGAGGCAACCUUCAAAGACCAAAUCUGAUGAAGAUAGACUUGCUUCAGCUGAUCGGUUGCAGAAAUCUUCUUCACAUUUUGUUGGAGACUUUGUUCAAAAGGUGAGGAAUGAAAUUUCUGGUUCUGAACUCUAUGAUAAGAGAACAUACGGGACUAAGAUUUCUCAGGAGGAUGAGCUGUCUUCUCGUAGUUCCCAUGGCUCUAAGGUACCUGAACCAAAGGAACAGGAAUCGAAGAGUUCACCUCAUAGUCCGGAAACAAAAGGACCUUCUGAUCAAAGUUGGAAUGUAGCUGAACAAUCUACCCAGGAACCCCCCAAGGCAGAAGAAAUAGGAAAUGGAAGUACUUCUGGGAAAGAGAAUGUGAGGAGAACUGGAAAGUCUUUAUGGCGUAUGAUCGGAGACAUUGUUCUCUUGCGCUGGCACUCACGUUCUGAAACCCAAAGCUUAGCUGCCAAAUCAGGCGGGAAAAAUUCUCCAAACCAAUCCACAAGCAGUGACACAUGGUUUUCUGGUCAUGACCCUGAGGAAACAAUUGAUUUGAGCACAAAAAGUGAUAGGAUAAGCUUGGUGGAGGAAACAACUGAUUUGAGCACCAAAAGUGAUAGGAUAAGCUUGGUGGAAGAAUCAACUUCUACUGACUACCGACAAGGACUAACAAGCUAUGUCAACCAAGGGGAACUCCUCAAUGCAUCUAAUACUCAGGGUGGCUUGAAGCUCGGCGGAGCAGUUUCCAUGGACUUAUCAGUUGUGUCGGAGAAAGAUUCAUCAGUAAAAAAUAUUUCUUUACCUUCUGCUGGAGCAAUCUCCCCGGUGAAAGAAUCAUCGGUUUUACUGCCUUCACCGGAGGACAGUGUAUCUCCUGUUGUAGAAAGAAUAUCAAAAGAGAUAGAAGGCCAAGGGUCAAGCAGUGGCACCUCUUCACAAAUUGAACAGCCUUUUCCUUCUAAUGAGAAAUCUAGAACUGAUGGCAACAAUGCCGAAGUGAAGAGAAGGAAAUUUGGAAGGGCUGAUCAAGUGUCAAAGGAUAAGUUUGAUGAAUGGGAAGAAGCGUAUAGGCUUGAAACUGAACAGAGGAGGAUCGAUGAAACGUUCAUGAGAGAAGCUCUGCUGGAAGCCAAAAAAGCUGCUGACAGUUGGGAGGUGCCUGUUGGGGCUGUACUGGUGCGAGAUGGAAAGAUAAUUGCUCGUGGAUUCAACCUAGUAGAAGAGAUGCGUGAUUCCACUGCUCAUGCAGAAAUCAUUUGUAUAAGGGAGGCAUCGAAUGUGCUUCGCACAUGGCGGCUUUCGGACACUACACUCUAUGUUACCCUUGAACCGUGCCCCAUGUGUGCUGGAGCAAUACUUCAAGCUAGAAUUGACACUGUUGUUUGGGGAGCUCCAAAUAAGCUUUUAGGAGCUGAUGGCAGCUGGAUUAGGCUGUUCCCCAAUGGUGAGGGAGGAAAUGAAGUGGAACCAACAGACAAGCCAGCUCCACCUGUUCACCCUUUCCACCCAAAGAUAGCUGUUCGUCGACGAGUCCUGGCAGCAGAAUGUGCUGACACAAUGCAGCAAUUCUUUCAACUCAGGAGAAGGAAGGACAAGAAACGAGAAGAGGAACCCACGACGCCGCCUUCAUGUCUUCCCAUCACACACCACCCUUCCAAGUUUUUGCAUAAGAUGCACCAUGCUUUCCAUGGCAUGUUCUGCUUGUAACUGAGGAGACACUUUCAUUUAGUCAUUAAUACUUGUAUAUUAUUUCCCUUUUGUUUUUGUGGUAAAAUAACUUAAAAAUCCAUGUGGCUCAUGCACUAUUUUUUGCUACCCAAAUUUGGGACUUAGUUUAUCUGGGAAGCAUUUGUUGAGAAUCAAUUGUAUUUUCAGAAAGAAGAUUCUUGCACCCGAUACGAGGUGCAUAUUCUUGUCUAAAUCUCAGUGAUGCACCAUCUUCAUCUGCUGGCAGAAUCAAAUGCUUUGGUGGUCAUUGGAUUUUGGAAAAGAAACUCAAUGAUUGAAUUGACCAGGAUAAGUCAACGAUCAAAUUCGAG